AUGUGUAAAAUAGAUGUCGAGUUCGUCCUUGACGAAGAAGUUGAUGCGGUUUAUGCGAGAGAUUUGAUCGCAGGAUGGCUAGAAAUGUGGCGGGAGAGGGAACCUGAACAGACAUUCGAUAUAUUGUUGUUCUCAGAUCCAAAAUAUAUGUUUGACGGACCUGGACCAUUCGCAACAAGUAACAUAAAAAUUCAUGAUUAUUAUACCAUUGAUAUUAACGAGCCUGACGUAAAUUCAACUCGUGAACAAGAUUUUCAUAACCUGGAACAUGUACUACAAAAUAUAAAUAUAAAAUCAAUAGUAAUAGUUGAUUGUUUGUCAUCUUUGAUUCUGUCCAUUGGACUGUCGAAGACUUUAUGGUUUUUAAAGAGGUUGAGCGAGCAAGUGCCCCAAUUAAUUUGUAUUUAUAGAAAUGAUUUCAUACAAGAUAAGAUAUCCUGUAUUGACACAUUAGGGACUACAUAUGUGAAGAUACAAAGAUUUCUUGGUACAAAAACAGAUAACAAUAAUAUGAAUUAUGUAGUAGAUUUUGUACAUCGUAAAGUAGGUGGAGGGAUCUUGCGACAGCAAGAGAUAGUGAAUCAAAAUUACACAUCUAACAAAAUUCAGUCUGAGAAGAUUGAGAAAAAUGAGAAAUCGGACAUGGGGUAUAAGAAUCAGAAACAAAAGAUUGAAUCUUCUUUCAAGAUAGAAAUAAAUGAGAAUGAAAUGAAACAGAGGAAUGAACUUGUAUUACCGUACAUGAUUAAUGCGACGAGUACAUCUAAAAUUCAUUAUCAACCAGAGAGCAUAGAUGAUUUUGAUGAGGAAGAUCCAGACGAUGAUUUAUGUAUUUAAUUUAAUAAUACAGACUUUCUAAUGCCCCAAGCCAAUAUAUUUACUUUGCAUUUUACAACUUCUUUUAAUAUAUUACAUAUAUGUAUAUAAUAUUUGAUCGAGUAAGAGUUCUUAAAAAAAUAUUUGAGAAAUAUUAAUAUAAUCAUCAUAUUUUGCUAUAAAUUAUUAUAUAAACUUUGUAAGACAGUUCUGCAAAAGGAAAUACAGGUAUUCUAUAAUAUGUCUUUCACAGAAAAAUCAAAUACUGUAUUCUAUUAAAAAAAUAGAAUAUAUAAUACUAUUAUUUAUCUUUGGCAUUUGGUUCAAGUCAUUAUAUGUGUAUUCAUUAUAUCACUUUCUCUUGAAGCGUUACGAUUACAUAUUAUUUAGGAUUGUUCAUGUGUAAAAUAGAUGUCGAGCAUCAUUGCUAUAAUUGAUAUAAUUUAAAUAAAUCACAAAGGAGUAUGAAAAACGUGAUAUUUUACACAAUAAUACAGUAUACAGAAUUAGAAAACGUUGCUAGGAACCUACUCCGAGAUUUGAGACAACAAAUAUAAAUGUACAAUAAUAAAUAAUAAAUAAAAAGACUAUAAUUCUCUGAA